AUGGCGGAGACUUUCGGCCCGAUCCCCAACCGCUCCCUGAAGCGCAUGAUCCUUCGCCGCAGACGCGGCGGUUUACCCCAACUCGGCCUUGUGGCGCGGGCCGAUUGUCACACGGUGUUGUUGGGCGUCAACAACGUUACCGCCAUUGGCAGGCCCGAGGUAGUUUACAUCAAUGAGUCGGCGGGGCCGCCUCGCAAACAAAUCGUUGCCGUUCAGCAUUGCAUGGUAAUUCAGUCGAGACCCAAGCUCGGUCUUGCGAGGAAAGUCAAGGCUGCAGUUGGGGUUCGUGGCAGUGUGGGAUGA